AUGAGUGAAAGUAAUGAAAGUGAUAACACUACAACAGAUAGUGACAUAAUCGAAAAAAUGCAAAACGCAUAUGACUCUUUGUUUAAAAUAAGAAAAUAUGAAAAAUUUCUUGGAGUAAAAGAAGAAGAAGUAAGUGAAAAUUGUCCAGAUGUUUUUGAAAUGAAUAUAGGAGAUAAUGAAAUUAAACAAAGUGUUUCUAACCCUACAUUUAUGGAAGAUAUUUCUUCUAUUAAUAAUAACGAACAUAAACAUUCUUCAGAAAAUGAAGAUAAAAAUUUACAAAAAAUAUUUAAUGAAAUUCAACAAAAAUUAAAAGAGGAAAAAUUUGAAGAAGAAGAAUUAGAUUCAUUAAAGGAUAUUAAUAAAGAAAAAGAAAACAUAAUAAAACAACCCAAAACAAGCAAUAAUAUUUCAAAUAUGACAACACCCAGUAAGAAUAAAUCAAAUUUGAAAGAUAAAAUAAUAGAAGAAAAAGAACUUAAUCAUCUUCCUCAAAAAACAACACUGACUGAAGAAUCUACUAAUACAAAAACUAAUGGCUAUGUUAAAACAAAUGAACUACUUCAACAUCAAACUAAAAUAACUCCAUUUAAUUUAAAUAAAAGUAAUCAAAUCAAUGAAUUAAGUGAAGGAAAAAAGAAACCAAAACUUCCUAAAACAGAACAAGAUGAAGAAAAAUAUAAAAAAGUAACUCUCUUAAAAAAGCCAAAAACAUUUGAAGAUUUUCUUGUUGAACAAUAUAGAGAAACGUCUAUUAAACAUACAAAACGAAGAACAAAUAAAAUCCAUGUGAAAAAAACAGUUAAAGAGCAAGAGAGUGAAAGUAAAAAAGAAAAAGUAUUAUCAAUUAGAAAUAAAGGUAUAAUACAAAAAUUUAUAGAAUUAGCAAAAGGACAGUCUAUGAAACAUGAUAAUGAAUCAAAAGAUAAACAAGUUACAAAGCAUCAUAUUGUUCAAAGACUUAGAAAGAAUCCAAGGAAAGUAGAAUUUUUAAUUGAUGAGUAUAUUCCUUAUAUAUAUUUAAAAGAAAAUACCAAUACCCAACAUCCAAAGAAACCACAAAAAUCAAGAAUUUUUGAAAAAGAAGAUAAAGAGAGUAUUCAUAAGAUAAGCAAUUCUAUUCAUUCUCAAGUGUUUUUAUCGUCAAAAAUUAAUAAAGAACAAAAUAAUCAUAAAAAAGUUCACAUUAAUCCUAUUAUUAAAAAAGAAUGUAAUGAUAUUUACGUUUAUCUUAGUGGAUUUGAAGAUGAACAAAAAGAACAUUAUUUAGAGUCAUUAGAUGGGAUUCCUCAUCUCCAUGUUACAGAAGUAUAUAAACGUGCAACACAUAUUGUAUGCCAUAAUUUUGGUAGAACAAUUAAAAUGUUAAAAGGAAUUUCUGAUGGUAAAUGGAUUCUUAGUGACGAUUGGAUUGAUGCAAUAAUAAAGAGUAAUAAUAUUGUAGAAGAAGAAGAUUAUGAAUGUACAAAAUAUAUUGCUUGUAAACAACAACGAUUAAACAAUGUUCAACUUCUAAAUGGGUUAAGAGUGUAUUUAAGUUCUUUUCCUAAAAAAGAAGUUAUAGGAUUUAAAAAAUUAGAAUAUAUAUUUUUAUUAAGACAAUGUGGUGCAAAGAUUGUAACAGAUAAAAAAGAAUCAGAUAUUAGUAUUGGAUUUGAAAAAGGAAGUAUCCAAUGUGAUUGGUUAUUUGAUAGUAUUUGUAAUAAUUGUCAAUUAGAGACAAAAGACUAUAUUAUUUAA